GGGGGCCCGGGCGGCGGCCCCGGUACCCUGCUGCUCUGCCUGGCCCUGGCCUCCGGUUUGGCGUUCUUCAGCUGCGUGGGCGCCGACACCAACGUCACGGCCGGGCACGGCACGGAGGGGCUCGGCUGCGGCACGGCCAAGGGAUGCACAGGGAACGGGACGCAGCUGAAGCGGCAGAGCCACUUCACCCGGUGCCCGGAGGAGUACCAGCACUACUGUGUCAAGGGGAGGUGCCGCUUCCUCGUGGCCGAGCAGGCGCCGGCUUGUGUGUGCGAGCGAGGCUACAUCGGGUCUCGCUGCGAGAGGGUGGAUCUGUUCUACCUGCGAGGGGACCAGGGCCAGAUCGUCAUCAUCUCCCUGAUCGUCGCCAUCGUCACCCUCAUCAUCCUCAUUGUCGGCAUCUGCCUCUGCAGUCACCACUGUCGGAGGCAGCGUAGGAAGAGAAAGGCAGAAGAGAUGGAAACGUUAAACAAAGAUUCACCUUCCAGAAGUGAAGAUGUGCGGGAAACGGGCAUCGCGGAAGAGAUGGAAACGUUAAACAAGGAUUCACCUUCUAGAAGUGAAGAUGUGCGGGAAACGGGCAUCGCGUGA